AUGGCCUCUAAUACCGUCUACAUUAUUACAGGCGCAAACCGAGGAAUUGGCCUCGGCCUCACAGCCUCCCUUCUUCUGCGCCCAAACGUCACAGUCAUCGCAACUGUACGUUCUGCAAGCACCGGCACAUCAGAUCUGAAAAAUCUGCCGUUGGCUGAAGGCAGCGGAUUGAUCAUCGCGCUCCUGGACGUCUCGACUACCUCAUCCGAGGAAAUCACCAAGUCUGCCAACACUCUUUACGAAACGCUGAAGGAUGAGCAUAGGAUUGAGCAUGUAGACAUUCUCAUCGCCAAUGCGGGUGUCGGGUUUUCUUUCAAUGAUGUGAUGGAGACGUCGUUGGAUUCCAUCCUUGCCCACGUCCAUGCGAACACGCUUGGGCCGAUUGCCCUCUAUCAAGCCCUGCGACCGCUUCUUCUCUCAGCUGUUGAGAAAGGAAGAAGUGCCAAAUUCUUACUCAUUAGUAGCUCUCUGGGCGCUAUCGGACAGAUGGAAGGCAACGCUCCAUCUUUGGCGUAUGGAUUGAGUAAGGCGGCGGCGAACUAUUUGGUUAGAAAGGUGCAUUUUGAGGAGAAGGGGAUUACUACUUUAGCUAUCCAUCCAGGAUGGGUGCAGACGGACAAUGGUCAGAAGUUUGCAGAUAGCGUUGGAGUUGCGCAACCACCGAUGACCACGGAUGACAGCGUGAAGGGCAUCUUAGCACAAAUUGAUCUGGCUACUAAGACGACGACUUCAGGGACAUUUGUUACCUGGGAUGGUAAACCUAUGGCGUGGUAA